AUGUAUAAGGGAAAGUACACCAAGCAUAAUUUGAAUCCGAAAAAGCAGAAAAGUUAGAGACUGAAGGAUUUUUUGUAAAAAUCAGACCCUGCUAAUAUACCAAAGCCUAAUCAAGAUUAUCACUAAAACCAAGUAAAACGAUAAGCAGAAAUAAUAGACAAAAUGAAUCAGUGGGAUGAAAAAUAUCAAAAAUAACUGGAUGAGUUAGAUGAUAGAUAAUAAAGCUAAAAAUCGGGGAAAUAGAAAAAUCAAAUUUAGUACUCCAAAGAUAACUACAAUAAGGGAGUUUUGAUAAGUUUUUCACAAAGUGCUAUUUCCUCGACAGGACUAAAAAAGAGAAAAAAUAGAGGUUGUAGACUCAUAGACGAUGACUAUGAUAUAGGAGUAGACAUGACAUAAAGUACUAAGUACUAUCAAAAUACUAUCAGUAAGCGUGGACCAUAUGAUAAGAAGUAUAGAAGCAGCAUUAAUAGACAAAUAAGUGGUUAUCCAAGAAAUAGUCUAGAUACUUUAAGCUAGAAGAGUAAUGAUUCACUAAAGACUAAAAGGGAUAAAAAGUAUCAAAGCAAGAAAAAUUAUUAAAACUCACAAAACAGCAACAAGAAUAAAAUUUCAUCUUAAAAAGAGUAUCAUAAUCAAUAAAUCAACAAUCCAAGCAAGAAAUCUGAUAAUAAACACUCUCCAAAACAAAAGUAAAUUGAAAAUUUAACACAAAGGCAUCAUAUUUCUGAUAAAGAUAGUUAAAAUAAAGUACCUGACUUCAAAGCUAAACGAUGCGGAAUUGACUUAGAUUAAUUUUAAUAUAGAUCUCAUAAAGAUUCAUAAUAAAUUUAAUAGUAAGAUUAAUAAGAUAAAAAUAAAACUCAACAAAUUACUUCUUAGAAAAAGUCAAACUCUAUAGAUAAAUCAAAGGGAUCAGAAACAGUUUCUAAAGGUAGUUUGGUUAAUAGUGCAAAUAAAAGCAAUGGCAAGUAAACCACAAUCAAGUCAAUAACUAAAUCAAUAACCAAAAGGAAGUUAACUACAAGUAAAAAGGACAAAGCAGACUAUAAAAGCCCGUAAGAAGAAUCAAAAUUAGUCAUUCACUAGAAAAAUAUAUAUCCAACUAAGGCCAAUGUAGAUUAGGAGAGAGUUGAAUUCAAAUUUCCAAUUGAUAAUGAAAAAAUAUUGAAUCUCCCACCAAUACCCUUUAAAUCAGAUAAAGUUGAAAAAGAGAAGACCAUACAGUUAGAGAGUGAAGAGGGAUUCUCAAAUGACGAAACGAAAUCAAAUCCUUAAGGUGGAGGGAACAAGCUUUGUAAUCUAAAUAAAAAGCAAAUACAAAUUUAGCAGCAAUAGUAGCAACAACAAUAGUAAUAACAGCCGAGUGAUGAUUAGGGUGAAACUAAGUAAAAGAAGUCAAACUAGCUUGCUAAGAUGUUUAAGAAGAGCGAUGAGAAUAAACUUGAUUGGGGCUACUAUAUUGACACACUUACUGAUAAUGAUAUUAUUUGCAAGAUUAAGUAUAUGAAUGAGGGAAAGCAAUCUGAAUAGGAAAUUAAAAAAGGAGAUUUUAUGAGACUAAACCCCGAAAUAUAUCUGAAUGACAUGAAUGUGAAUUUCUAUCUAAAAUUUUUAGAAAACUACAUUUGCACUCCCGAGAAAUAAAAAGAGAUUUUUGUGUUUAACUCAUACUUCAUUCAGAAACUAAUAAAAUAGAGUCAAAUGGAAAGUGAGUUUAAGUUGUUCAAUGAGAAGCCUAAAAUAGACUAUGCAGGAGUAAGAAGGUGGACUCGAAUGUUUGAUAUGUUUUAAAAGAAGUAUAUUUUUAUCCCAAUAUGCUAGAAUGAUCAUUGGACAAUAGCAGUGAUAUGCCAACCGGGAAAAAUUCUUGAGUUAAUGAAUAGUCAUAUAAAAAAUAGUCUUAAUGGGCCUCCCAAAAGGUCUGAACCUAUUUUGAAUUAAUCAUAGUUUAAGCAAGAUGAUUAGAAAAAUAAAAAGAGAAGAUCUGCAAAUGAAGAGGUCAAAAAUCAGAUGAUCGAAAAAAGCAGAAAGUUCAAUGUCAGUGAGGACGGAGGUUCUGAGUCAGAAUGUGAUGAAGAUUCUCAGAAUUACGACUAUGACGAUGAGGAUUAUGAGGACGAAUUGGAAUCUGGCUAAAUUGACGAAAAUGAGGAAAACUUUGAGCGAAUGCUGUUUGAUUCUACAAACAAUGAUUAUGCUUUUAAAAAGCCAAGUUAAAUAGAUAACUCAAAGCCCUAUAUCAUAUAUUUUGACUCUCUUACUUCCGGCUACUAAGAAAACACCGUCAACUGUAUCAGGUAAUACAUUGAAAUGGAAUUUUUAGAUAAAAAGGUCAAGGACAACAAGUAGUAUCAGAAUUUUUUCAGCGAUCCACAGUACUAGUGGCCCGGACUAAAUUAAGAAAACAUGCCAUGUUACUGCCCCAAAUUACCUUAAUAAAAAAACUCCUAUGACUGUGGACUAUUUCUACUUGAGUAUGCUGAGUGCUUUUUAGAAGAUCCAGAUUUCAUAGAAUAAGAUUUACUGUAAACGAAAGGAAAAUUAUUCAGAUAGAGAAUUAUCAGCUGCAAAAGAGAAAUAAUAAAAAGGAUCAUAAUAGGACUAGGUACCAAAAUUGAUCAUCCAGGUAUUACUGCUACCGUUGCUAACUGCUAUAAAGAAUACAGAUUAAGCUAUAAGGAUAAACUAAUAUUUAUUAAGAGGAAGUAGUAGCAGUCCUAAUAAUUGCCAGAACAGUCACAUAACAACAAUUCAUGCCAAAAUGAUAAUGGAAAUCGUAUAGCUACUAAUUUGACUCAAGAGGAGCAGGAACUAAAUAAUAGAUCAUUAGAUAGAGCAAAAAAUGAUAAACUAAUGAAAAAUUUCAUUGAUAACAACAACAAUAGUAGUGGAGAAAGCCCAACUACAGCAACAGCGAAUAUGAAGAUUGAUAAACCUUAUGAGAGUAAAAGUUGA